AUGUUUUUGGAGGAUGGGGGAGAAUUGUGGGAAGUAGAGCGAAGCGAAGCGAGGCGAGGAAGGACCCACCUGAACCGCUUGCUGGACAAGGAGAUGAGGGCCACCCUUGUCCCUGCCGGGAGGGUUACUGAAGGCGGCACAGUGACGAGUCGAAACCUCUGGACGGUGUCGCUGCGGCUACCCGACCUCGUGCCAGGCCAUGCCCUCCAACUCCGGCACGCCCAGUGCCAGGUCGACGCGGCCUUCUCGGUGUUCCCCAUUCCAGUCUUUUGUCACUUGACCGCACCCAGCUUGGCCGAAGCGUGCCCCCAGCACACUCCAGCGGGUUCUGUCCUGGACUGGUGCCUCUGUGAAUGGGCUCUGAAUGGGCGCUGGUUCUCAGCUUUGUUCCCCAAGCUGUUAGACCGUGCAAGCGUGCGCCUCUUGUUGACGACCUGA